CUUCCAAUGGAUCGGAGCCCUGCCUGUGACCUGGCGAUGACUCCCGUCGGUUUGGAGGCCGCACUGGCAGACCUGGUGUCCACGUCCCUGAAUGCCACGGCGGUGGGCUCGCCGGGCAUCUCUAUGGCAACCAGAACCCUAAUACUGCUCGUGUGUCUGCUGCUGGUUGCCUGGAGCCACGCGGAGAAGAGAACCACUGCACCAGGUCCUUCUUUCUGUCUGGGUUUGGGGCCACUUCUGUCGUACGUGAGAUUCAUCUGGACCGGCAUAGGCACAGCCAGCAACUACUACAACAACAAGUACGGAGACAUUGUCAGGGUCUGGAUCAACGGAGAGGAGACGCUCAUAAUCAGCAGGGCAUCAGCUGUGCACCACGUGCUGAAGAAUGGACAUUACUCUUCACGUUUCGGGAGCGAGCAGGGACUGAGCUGCAUCGGCAUGAACGAGAGAGGCAUCAUAUUUAACAACAACGUAAAUCUAUGGAAAAAGAUACGCACCUAUUUCACCAAAGCUCUGACGGGUCCGAGUUUGCCGAGGACAGUGGAGGUUUGUGUCUCCUCCACCCAGACUCACCUGGAUGACCUGGACAGUCUGGGUCAUGUGGACGUCCUCAGUUUGCUGCGCUGCACCGUGGUCGACAUCUCCAACAGACUCUUCCUGGACGUACCUGUCGAUGAGAAAGAGCUGCUGGUGAAGAUUCAGAAGUACUUUGACACGUGGCAGAGUGUGCUGAUCAAACCCGACAUCUACUUCAAGUUUGACUGGAUUCACCAGAAGCACAAGACGACAGUCCAGGAGCUGCACGAUGCCAUCGCGGACCUUGUGGGGCAGAAGAGGAGAGACGUGGAGCAGGCCGAUAAACUCGACGACAUCAACUUCACCACAGAGCUCAUAUUUGCACAGAACCACGGCGAGCUGUCUGCUGAGAACGUGGUGCAGUGUGUGCUGGAGAUGGUGAUCGCGGCGCCCGACACUCUGUCCAUCAGCCUCUUCUUCAUGCUGCUGCUGCUCAAACAAAAUCCAGAUGUGGAGCUGCAGAUGCUCCGGGAGAUAGACACCGUUGUAGGCGAGAGGCAGCUGCAGAACGGGGACCUUCAGAGGCUGCAGGUGCUGGAGAGCUUCAUCAACGAGUGCUUGCGCUUCCACCCUGUGGUGGACAUCACCAUGCGCCGAGCCCUGUCUGAUGACGUCAUAGAUGGCUACAGGGUGCCGAAGGGCACAAACAUCAUUCUCAACACGGGCCGCAUGCACCGCACGGAGUUCUUCCCCAGACCAAACGAGUUCAGCCUGGAAAACUUUGAAAAAAAUGCUCCUCGCCGUUACUUCCAGCCCUUUGGUUCAGGCCCUCGGUCCUGUGUUGGCAAACACAUCGCCAUGGUGAUGAUGAAAUCCAUCCUGGUGACGCUGCUCUCCCAGUACUCGGUUUGCCCCCAUCAGGGCCUGACCCUGGACGGCCUCCCACAGACCAACAACCUGUCCCAGCAGCCUGUCGAGCAUCAGCAGGAGGCCGAGCACCUCGGCAUGAGGUUCUUACCCCGACAGCGAGGAAGCUGGCAAACACUCUAAGUCUCUGAUCUUUAACCGCACCCACACAUUCAUAAAGAAUAUAAACUGUACAUAUAUAUGAUCUAUAUCGCUUCAUUUAUAUUAUAUUAUCUCACCGAUGUACAAAGCCGAGUCUGCGUGUUAAAAGUGUAUCAUUGCUAUUAUGCGUUCAUGUGAAACAUUAGGAUUAAUACAGAAAUAAAUGUAAAUUAUUGUGCCAAUAGUGUGUAAUGUUGUUAUCUUGUCUACAUACAGAAUGUAAUCACACAUUGAUAUUUGAAUGUGAGUAAUUGACAUUUUUAAUUCAACACAUUUAUUGUAUUUCAACUGUUUGUCGUUUCGACUUCCUUGUGUUUGAAAGUUGCUAUGUAAAUAUAUAUUUAUUUAAUCAUUAAAAUAUAGACAAA